CGGCCGCGACCGGCGCGAACAACGGAGGAGAAUGUCGGUGAACUGCUCUGUGUCCAACGACGCCACCGGCCCUGCGCUUUUCGGCUGCGCUCCCGGCCUGCUCGAGAUGGCCUCGCGGCUCAACGAGGCUCCCGACGUGCCGUUGCAGGAUACUUUCUUUGCACGAGCGUACUCAAUGUCCAACGACGGCUGGGUGAUGACGUGGGCGACGCUGAUCCUGACGGCACUUCUCGAGCUGAUGUCGAUGGACGAGGUGCGAAAGGUUUGCAAGAGGGAGGGCGGCCGCACGCUCUACGCGCAGGGCGUCCUCUGCAACGUUGUCAACAAUGCCGUCCUUGGGCCGCCGCUGUACGAGCUCGUCUCCAACCGCUGGAUGUCGCAGCCCUUCACGGCGGCCGGACGCGUCGCGAUGGUCUUUGCCGUCAUCGUCGGCCACUCGAUCGGCUACUACUGCGCGCACCGCUGGAUGCACACGCGCGCGAUGUAUUGGGCGCACCGCUUCCACCACCGCUUCAACUGCAUCGUCGUGCCCGUGACGGCCAACGCGGUCAGCCUGGCGGAGUACGCGCUGGCGUACAUGCUGCCGUUCGUGGUGGGAGCGCAGCUCCUCCGGCCCGAUCGCAUGUCGAUGUUCCUCGCCGUCGGAGUGGUCUCGCUCAACAACCUCCUGAUCCACACGCCAAAGCUGGCCGACGCCUCCGCCAGGCUCGUGCCGUGGCUCUUUGUGUCGACGGCGGACCACCUCGAGCACCACCGGAGACUCACGUCGCACUACGCGGCGCCGACCAUCUCCAUCGACCGCCUCCUCGCUUGCUGCUUCGGCAAGCCCGCCUCCUGGAACGCGGAGUUUGACGCCGCGGAACAGAUCCGGGACGGCAGGGGCAAAGGAGCGGCCGCCCCGCGCGGAAAGGAGGAGUAG